UCGACCUCUGUCCCCGUAAUGCCUGCACUCAGCAAGAAUAUACAGCACCUGCAUCCCGAAGUGCUGGUUACCAUUUUCUCUCUCCUCUCGUAUUGCGAUAUUUUACGGUGUCAACGGGUCUGCAGGCAUUUCCGCGAUGUAUUUAAUGCAUCUGCUCUCUUACGGUAUCUCGUCGAGCUCGAGAUCUGCGGUUACGAGGACCUACCUGCGAAAACCCUAUUGGGCUAUGUCGAACGGUCGCAGUGCCUACAAGAUUACCACGCUACUUGGAAAACUCCUAAUCCGAGGUUCAGCAAAAGUACUUCGUUGGACUAUUCACCUUUCAAUGACACAGAAGAAAGGCAAUUCAAGUUUCGAUUCAAGCUGCAUGACGACGUACUUGUGGCAUCUACUGAAAGACAUGGCGACAACAGCCCCCCUCAUUACACGAAGUCGUUUGAUUGCAUGCGGGUUUUCCAGUUCUCUGCCGUAGGGCGGGAUGAGCGGAAUUUCACGCAUGUCUUUGAUAUGGCCUAUGACGCGUUCCAAUUCGAUCCGAUACAGGACCUGCUUAUUGUGGGCUAUCUGGAACACGGAGAAUUAUUUACCAGUGAGGGAUGCACAAUCCUGAAGCCCCUGUCCCUACGUAGCGGGGCCGUUCAUCCUGAAGCAUCCACGCCAGAGAUCUGCCUUCCAAUCCUCAGCACCACAUUCAUAAAAAUGGAGAUCUGUGGAGAUUUCAUUGCGACGAAGUUAGUUGGCGCGCUGUCUAAGGUACUGAUGAUUAAUUGGAAGGAUGGAUCCUUUUGUGUUCUCGAACCCCCGCCAUCACCCGAGACGCAUGGAGUGGUAGACUUUUUGUUCCUGUCCGAAAUCUUCCUCGUGACUGUCAUGACAAGGCGUCACGGUCAAGGCCAUGUUCUCGUCAUAUACUCCGCUGCAGAAGGAAGCUGGUCAGGCCGUAUCCAGAGUGCAAUCUUUCAUCUCCCAGAACACGCGACAUCAGGCGCAAUAGUGGACAUCGAUGAGACGGUUCUACAAACAUCUCUGGAUAGGUCUCUCCGAGGUGACGAGGGGUCACCGCCUGCAUUUCGCCCUUCUUCGCUAUCAGCCGACAUCCUUUGCCUGAGGAGAACUACUGUCAUACGGGAUCUCGACAAUGCGGAGGACGAUCCGGAGGACUGGGAUCUCGAAACCAUAAGACACACAGCUGUUAUGUUCGUGCCUGCGAUGCUAGGUCUCAUGAAUUCGGCGAUUCAGAACACAGAAGAUAACACCCCUCCAGAAUUCCAUUGGUUCGCUUGGGGCCCUUCUUGUUCUCGCUGGUUCCGGGAGCUCUCGAUACUGGACCCUCUCGGUGCUAAUAUCCCUUUGUACGGGUACCAUAUCAUUUGCCGCCACGGCGUACUGGACUUCAACCCCGUCGAUAUUGCCAGAGACAUGGGCAGGACGCAGGAAAGGACGGACUCUGCAUCACAGGCGGAUCGCAGCACUUCUGGUUCACUGUCGCAGCAUGAAUUUGUCACCGAAGCGACGACGGUGCCAGGAGAAGAAAUAUUCGCAUACGACGUCACAACAACGCUACCCUUUCGGGUCGUGCCAUUUAAAACGGUGCCGGAUAUUCCGGGGAUCAGUUGCAUUUCGUCGCCCAACGCUAGUCCGGCUAUAGUUCAGUGGCAGAUGGGCGUGGGCGACUCAGGGAAGCCAAGCCAGAUGCAUUUUCUGACUUUUUGAGAUGAACAGCUAGAAGCUGGUAUUCACCCAAUGAGCCAAAAAAAAGAAGGGCGGACUAGGAGGCUAACGCCACAUGAGCAUGCCUGUUCCCUACCGUAAAAUUGCGACUGUAGGAUUUUAUGAAGUCGCACGAAUAUAUUAAAAGCACUUCCACCGU